GACAUUUCAUUUACACAUUCACAUUUACACAUGAGUAAAUAUUAAUGUACCUAUCUUAACUAUAAUAAAUUUAAAAUAAAAUAAUUGGUCUUUUGCAAAUUUGUGACUGAAACUGUACAGUUAAUUGAGAUGGGUGAAACUAAUGAGGUCGUAAAAAUUAAUAAAUGGGAUGGUGCAGCGGCUAAAAAUGCCGUUGAUGAUGCAAUUAGAGAGGUAUUAACUGGAGAUCUGAAAUGCAAGGAAAGCUUCGCACUAAUUGAUGGACGUCUCUUUCUCUGUGCGCUGGCAGUCGGCGUGGCUCUGUACGCUCUGCUAUGGGAUUAUCUCUACCCAUUCCCUCAAUCCAGACUGGUGCUCAUCAUCUGUGUGUCUUCAUACUUCAUUCUCAUGGGAAUUUUGACACUGUACACUACAUUUAAAGAAAAAGGUAUAUUUGUUGUGGCCAAAGAGAAAGUCGGGAACACCACCAGGGUUUGGGAAGCAAGUUCUUAUGUGAAGAAGCACGACGAUAAAUACAACUUAAUCCUUGUGAUGCGUGAUUCAAAUGGAAAGUAUCGUGAAGCUUCUAUAAACAAAUCUUUUGCCAAUUACAUUGACACUAAUGGUACUGUGGUACAAAACUUGGUACUUAACGAGAUCACGAAACUCUACAAUUCACUCUCCUCUGAAAAGAAGGAGAAAUAAGUCUUAAGUGCACAAAUAUAUUGAAAAAGUUUAUUGUAAUUUUAUUGGAAUAAAUUGAAUCUGAAUUA